UCACCCAAUAGAAUGAUUUGCAACAGGCUAAGCUAAUACCAACCCAGGUUAUAACUCCGUUGAACAACUGCUACAAAGCAACCACAAAGGCUUCGAGGGACCUGAGCGAUUGUGCCACACAAACGCAGCGGCUAUUGCCGUCCUGUCCUUUAGGGCAAGUUGUUGAACUGCAUAGGGGACAGCACAAAAAAGGGGGGCGGGGGGGCAGCGGGCAAUGGACAAGGACAUCCAGGGCUAGGGAGAAAAACAUGGAUUUUUUAACACUGUCUUUGGAUUUCUCUCCCAACAGAUGUUGACAGGCUCUGCAAUCUACUACCCACCAGUGCCCUACACGGGCGACAUUCCUGGAGGUCUGGAAACCAACAGGACCAUCACAGUGCGAGGCUUUAUUCCGGAGAAUGCUACCAGGUUUGAAAUCAAUUUAACAGUUGGCAACAAUAUUGCCCUGCACCUUAAUUCACACAUGAAACCACAGAGAUAUUUGGUGUACAACUAUUAUCUGAAUGGCACGUGGGGAGCUGAGAAAAAUGAUCUGCCCUUUAACCCUUUCCAAUUGGGGCAAUACUUUGAGAUCUUGAUCUGCUGUGACAGACACAAGUUCAAGGUUUAUACGAGUGGCCGCCACCUGUUCAACUUGGCCCAUCAUUAUGCCUUGACUAGACAGAUCUGCACUCUUGAGAUCAAAGGAGACGUGACCCUUUCCUAUAUCAAUUAUUAAGCAACGGAUACACUUCGAAUCCUGCUGAAUUUGAAUGGUCUACAAGCUCCAGUAAAUCAAUCAGACACUCAAGAACAAUAUUAAGCAGCAUUUUCAAUCAAGCAUCUUGAUCAAGGAAUGCAACAGACUUAAUUUUCUGCCUUCUGAAUUUGAUCUGUAGAAGAUACAAAGCAUUUUUAAAAUAAAGUUGGUACCUUCCAGGUAUGUGUUAAGUGAGUUUUUCCCCAGGACUGUUCUUGCCUCCGUUGUUAAGUGAAUCACUUCAGUUGAUAAGUUAGCAACCU